AUGCCUCAUACGGAUGACCUGAUAGAGACGUUAGGGAAAGCCAAGUUCAUUUCCACCUUAGAUCUGACCAAGGGCUACUGGCAGGUGCCGUUAGAUGAGGAUGCUGCUUUGAAAUCUGCUUUUUCUACCGCCCGGGGCCACUACCUGUUCACGGUUCUCCCGUUCGGGCUCUCAAAUGCACCGGGGGGCUUCCCAAAACUUAUGGACCGGGUUCUGGACGGUCUGGGGGCUUUUUCGUGCGUUUACUUGGAUGAUGUGGCGGUGUUUAGUGACACGUGGGAACAGCACUUGUCGCACUUGUCACAAGUGUUAAGCCGGCUACGGGAGGCCGGCUUAACCGUGAAGGCCUCCAAGUGCCAGUUCGGGAGGGGGGAAGUGACCUAUCUGGGCCACAGAGUGGGAUGGGGAGCGCUGAAGCCUAUGGAGGCCAAGGUAGAGGCAAUCCAACAGUGGCCCGUCCCCAAGACCAAGAAGCAGGUCCAGUCCUUUUUAGGGCUGGCGGGAUAUUACCGGAGGUUUGUCCCGAAUUUUAGCCAGUUGGUGGCCCCUCUAACCGAGUUGUGUCGGAAAAGACAGCCAGUAAGGGUGCCAUGGACCGCGGCGUGUCAGCAAGCGUUUGAUGGGCUGAAGGAAAAGCUCAAGCGAGCUCCUGUACUUCGGGCACCUGAUUUUGACCGCCCCUUUGUGGUGCAGACGGAUGCCUCGGAGGCGGGUUUAGGCGCGGUGCUGCUGCAGGAAGGCGAAGAAGGGCUGCUGCGGCCCGUGGCUUUCGUUAAUAAAAAACAUUUGCCGCGAGAGAGGGCGUUGGCGACGGUUGAAAAUGAGUGUUUGGCAAUAGUGUGGGCCGUGAACAAGCUGCGGCCAUAUUUGUGGGGGCGGCCCUUCCAAAUUCAAACGGAUCACUCCCCGCUCUGCUGGCUGGCGAGAGUAAAAAACACUAACCAGAAGUUGCUGCGCUGGAGCGUAGCUCUCCAAGACUUUGAUUUCACCAUCUCCCACAUCAAAGGCAAAGAGAACACCUUUGAGGAGGUGGCCGUGCAUUUCUCGGAGGAGGAGUGGGCUCUGCUGGAUCCAGGCCAGAGGACUCUGCACAAAGAAGUCAUGGCGGAGAAUCGUUGGAUCCUGGCCUCUCUGGGUAAGGAAUGGGAUUCCUCUGGAAUUCACACUGGGGAGAAGCCCUAUAAAUGCUUUGAGUGUGGGAAGAGCUUUGCUCGCAGAGAAACACUUAUGCUGCAUCAAAGAAUUCACACUGGGGAGAAGCCCAAUAAAUGCUUAGAGUGCGGGAAGAGCUUUGCUCACAGCAUCAGCCUUAAGCUGCAUCAAACAAUUCACACUGGGGAGAAGCCCUAUAAAUGCUUUGAGUGUGGGAAGAGCUUUGCUCAGAGGACACAGCUUAAGCUGCAUCAAAGAAUUCACACUGGGGAGAAGCCCUAUAAAUGCUUAGAAUGCGGGAAGAGCUUUGCUCGCAGCAUCAGCCUUAAGCGGCAUCAAACAAUUCACACUGGGGAGAAGCCCUAUAAAUGCUUAGAGUGCGGAAAGAGCUUUACUCAAUGCUCAAGCCUUAAGGAGCAUCAUAGAAUUCACACUGGGGAGAAGCCCUAUAAAUGCUUAGAAUGUGGGAAGACCUUUGCUCAGAGGACACAGCUUAAGCAGCAUCAAGUAAUUCACAUUGGGGAGAAGCCCUAUAAAUGCUUAGAAUGUGGGAAGACCUUUGCUCAGAGGACACAGCUUAAGCAGCAUCAAGUAAUUCACACUGGGGAGAAGCCCUAUAAAUGCUUAGAGUGUGGGAAGACCUUUGCUCACAGGACACAACUUAAGCAGCAUCAAAGAAAUCACACUGGGGAGAAGCCCUAUAAAUGCUUUGAGUGCGGGAAGAGCUUUGCUCAGAGCAUCAGCCUUAAGCGGCAUCAAACAAUUCACACUGGGGAGAAGCCCUAUAAAUGCUUAGAGUGCGGGAAGAGCUUUGCUCAGAGCAGCAGCCUUAAGCGGCAUCAAAUAAUUCACACUGGGGAGAAGCCCUAUAAAUGCUUUGAGUGCGGGAAGAGCUUUGCUCAGAGCAUCAGCCUUAAGCGGCAUCAAACAAUUCACACUGGGGAGAAGCCGUAUAAAUGCUUAGAGUGCGGGAAGAGCUUUGCUCAGAGCAUCAGCCUUAAGCGGCAUCAAACAAUUCACACUGGGGAGAAGCCCUAUAAAUGCUUAGAAUGCGGGAAGAGCUUUUCUAAAAGCAGCAACCUUAAAAAGCAUCAAGCAAUUCACACUGGGGAGAAGCCCUAUAAAUGCUUAGAAUGUGGGAAGACCUUUGCUCAGAGGACACAUCUUAAGCAGCAUCAAGUAAUUCACACUGGGGAGAAGCCCUAUAAAUGCUUUGAGUGCGGGAUGAGCUUUUCUAGAAGCAGAAGCCUUAAGCAGCAUCAAAGAAUUCACACUGGGGAGGAGCCCUAUAAAUGCUUUGAGUGCGGGAAGAGCUUAGCUGACAGCAGCAAACUUAAGCAGCAUAAAAGAACUCACACUGGGGAGGAUCCCUAUAAAUGCUUUGAGUGCGGGAAGAGCUUUUCUGAAAGCAGCAAACUUAAGCAGCAUAAAAGAACUCACACUGGGGAGAAGCCCCAUGAAUGCUUUGAGUGCAGGAAGAGCUUUUCUGAAAGCAGCAACCUUAAGCGGCAUCAAAGAAUUCACACUGGGGAGAAGCCCUAUAAAUGCUUUGAGUGCGGGAAGAGCUUUUCUGAAAGCAGCAAACUUAAGCGGCAUCAAACAAUUCACACUGGGGAGAAGCCCUAUAAAUGCUUUGAGUGCGAGAAGAGCUUUGUUCAGAGCAGCAGCCUUAAGCUGCAUCAAAGAAUUUUG